GAAGAACCUUUGUAUGUCAAUGCAAAACAAUAUCAUCGGAUUUUAAAACGAAGAGCAGCUCGUGCUAAGCUGGAAGAACAAAACAGGCUGACACGAGCAAGGAAGCCCUAUCUUCAUGAAAGUCGUCAUAAACAUGCCAUGCGCAGACCCAGGGGUCCUGGGGGACGAUUCCUAAGU